AUGCCACCCCAACCCCCCAUCGACCCCCUCCGCGCACGCAUCUUCUCCGAACUAAACCUCCAACUAACACACCCCUCGAUCCCCAAACCCCUCCUCAACGAAUGCUCAAAACACCUCGCUUUCCUCGUACGGUACUACGCCAACGAUCCGGAUUGCAAUCCGCUGAGGGUUAGUGUGCCGAUUGUUGAGGCGUCUGUUGUACGUGUUGUGGAUGUGGAUGGGAAUGUAGAAGAGGAACAGGAUGAAGAGAAUGAAGAGGAGGAGGAGGAUGUAGAGAUAGAGAUAGGCUUGAAAAUCGCGUUAGUAGUUUUCGAGGAGAAGAAGAGGAAAAGCUCUGUACAAACGAGGCUGGAAGGAUUGCGAAAGAUGAAGAUGGAGAGAUUGUAUGGUGUGGGUAAGGUGUUGGGAGAGGAGGAGACAGAAGACGACUCGACACCAACGGUGAAGACGAAGAAUGGUCUCGAGCCUGGUGGUCCCGUUAGUAAGAUCGCCGGAUCUCGACAUUGUUCUCCUGUGUCGGCGUCUGGUACUGGUACUUCUGUUUCGUCUACAGCUGCGAAGCCAAGGAUGCGUGUACUUAUCGAGACGACUGGUACGCUGGGGCAUUACAAGUGCUUGGUUGCUAAGCUCUGUGGCAUGGCCGAGCGUGUCAUAGGUGGAUUAUUGGAAGGUGAUGAGGACAUGGUGCGUGCGUGCGAAGAGGUCAAGAAGAAUAAAGGCCAGAAAGCGAAUGCGGAUAUGGGAAAGAGACCGGUCUGGAAUGUUGAGGCUUGUGGGGAGUGGUGUUGA